AUGACUUUUCAAAUUGUCGACAUUCCUGCGUAUCAAAGACCCCUUAUUUCUGCGGAGACUUGUAAACAGCUAAAGAUUUUGCAGGUAAAAGCACAAUUGUGCAAAGUUGAAGAUGUUGAUACUUCGCUGUCAAAUAAUACUAACCAGCAGGACAAUGAUAUAAUUGAUGAAUUUGAUGAUGUGUUUACGGGUCUUGGUUGUUUACCAGGAAUUUUUCACCUAGAAGUAGAUGCUACUGUGGAUCCUGUUAAAAACUCCCCGCGCAAAGUUUCCAUACCGCUUCGUAAGCAGUUGAAAGAAAAGAUUGAUGAGUUAGAAUGUCAAGGCAUUAUUGUAAAGGAGAAUGCUCCUACUGAAUGGAUUAGCAAUAUUGUAGUCGUUAUGCGUAACGGCAAGAUGCGAAUCUGUCUUGAUCCACGACCGCGUAACGUUGCUCUUAAGCGAUCACACUAUCAAAUUCCAACGAUCGAUGACAUUUUACCAGACUUAUCUAAGGCUAAAGUUUUCUCAGUGAUGGAUGCAAAGAAUGGGUUCUGGCAAGUAAAACUAGAUGAAGAGUCGAGCAAGCUAACAACAUUUUGGACACCACAUGGAAGAUAUAGGUGGACACGCCUGCCAUUUGGCCUAGCUCCCGCGCCAGAAGAGUUCCAACGUAGACUACAUGAAGUACUAUAUGAUCUUGAAGGAGUUGCAGUGAUCGCGGAUGAUAUAUUGAUUUAUGGUUGUGGUGACACAGGAGAAGAAGCCUCAAGAGAUCAUGAUAGGAAGUUGAGGAUGUUGCUUUUACGAGCAAGGGAGAAGAAUCUAAAGUUAAAUAGAAAGAAGAUGAAGCUUAGGCAGACAGAAGUAUCUUUUAUGGGACAUGUUUUGUCGAACACAGGAUUGCGUCCCGAUUUGUCUAAAGUACAGGCCAUCACUGAAAUGAAGAAACCAGAAAAUGUGAAAGAUGUCCAACGAUUUUUGGGUUUUGUUAAUUAUUUAGCCCGUUUUGUUCCCACACUUUCGGACCUCUGUGAACCACUCCGACAGUUAACAAAGAAAGAGUCAGCUUGGAUUUGGGACGAAACUCAUAAUCGAUCCUUUGAUAAAAUUAAACAAAGCAUUGCAAACGCAUCAGUAUUAAGAUACUUCAAUGUCCAUGAACCACUGACUAUACAGUGUGACUCAAGUAGUAUAGGCCUAGGCGCAUCGCUUCUCCAAUCCGGGCAACCUGUAGCGUAUGCGUCACGAACGCUAUCCCCGGUAGAACGGAGAUAUGCACAGAUAGAAAAAGAAUGUUUAGCAAUCUUGUUUGCUUGUAACAGGUUCCAUUACUAUAUCAGUGGAAAAUCAGAUGUGACCGUCCAGACAGAUCACCAACCUCUGGUAACAAUCUUCAAAAAAGCUUUGCUUAGUGCACCUAAGCGUCUUCAAUGUAUGAUGUUGAAGUUGCAAAAGUACAACUUCGAGUUGGAAUAUAAAAAAGGAUCAGAAAUGACCUUGGCAGAUACAUUGUCCAGAGCAGCAAUACCUUAUGAUAAUCGUAGUAGGAAUCAAGAAGACAUAGAAACCUCUCAUGUUUAUAAGAUGAUUGAAGAAGAGAACAUGUUUAAAAGGAUGGAAAAGGUGGAUCCCACUAAACAUCUAAAUGUCACGAGUGAACGACUGGGCCAGAUUAGGCGAAUAACGCUGCAGGAUCCAGUGUUAAUGAAACUUACAUCGGUUAUCAUCUCUGGAUGGCCUAAACUGAAAAGUAGCCUAGAUUUGUCAAUAAGAGAAUAUUGGGGCUUUAGAGAUGAACUUGUGGUCUUUGAUGGAAUAGUGUUUCGAGGUAGCCGUUUAGUUGUGCCUAAAGCUAUGAGGCCAGAAAUGUUACAAAGAAUUCAUGCUGGUCAUCAAGGAAUUGAAGCUUCUUUGCGUAAAGCUCGUGAAAUUUUAUAUUGGCCUCGUAUGUCAGAAGACAUCAGGCAGUGUAUUGAGAAGUGUACAGCCUGCCUUCUUAACUCUCCAGAGCAGCAACACCUUCCAAUGCAAACUCCUGACACUCCAGACCUGCCUUGGACACACAUAGCUAUGGAUGUGUUUGAUUUUAGAGGACAAAACUACCUGGUAACUGUGGAUUACUACUCUGACUUUUGGGAAUUAGAUGAGCUUCCAAACAUGACCUCAGAAACUUUGAUCAGUGUUUCCAAAAAGAAUUUCAGUAGAUGGGGUGUGCCAGUAAGCGUAACGACUGAUAAUGCACCGAAUUUUGUUAGUUCAGAUUGGUUGAAGUUUAGUAAAGACUGGGAUUUUGAACACAAAACAUCAUCUCCUUAUCAUCCAAGAGGCAAUGGGAAAGCUGAGGCGACUGUAAAAAUUGCCAAAAAUACUUUGCGUAGGAUUGAUCGUGAUGAUGCGGAUCUGUGGCUGGCGAUUUUAGAAAUUAGAAAUACGCCUGCUAAGGAUGUGGGUGUUAGCCCAGCUCAAAGAAUCAUGUCAAGAAGGACUAGAACUACUAUCCCAGUAACUAGGAGUUUGUUGUCACCCGAAGUACCAAGUGGAGUGAAGUCGAAACUUAUUGAAAGGAAGAAGAAAUAUAAGCGAUAUUACGACCGAAAGUCCAAGAAUCUGCCAGAAUUGGAAGUAGGUCAAGGUGUAAUCGUAAAAUCAAGGCCAAAUGUCAAGUAUAAUCAAUGGGAAUUUGGUUCAAUCAGUAAACAACUAUCAGACCGGUCUUACAGCGUAAAGACACCUUCAGGUCAGUUCAGGCGGAACAGAGAAUGGAUCAAAGUCACACCCCAACAAACUAGUAAGUCACCCACUCUCAGUCCCCACAACAGCCCUUCUCCAACUAAGACCCCAUCAGAAGAUGAAAUGUGUAGCCAAGAAGAACACAUAACUCCAAGGGAGAUAGUUUCCCCUCAACGUAGGACUACUCGUUCAGGAAGGACUAUCCGAACCCCUGAAAGAUAUAAACAAUAA